AUGGCGUUCUUCGUGUUCCUUGUUUCGAUUGUACUGCUCUUCGGUCUAUGUGUCCUGGGUAUUUGCAAAGCGUCGCCCGUGAAGAGAAUAGGAAAGUCGAAGUUGUACACAUGGCUUCCGGGAAUCAAGCCAAUGCGAUAUGAAUUAGAAAAAUAUGCUCAAUGUGGUUACGAAAAGGUCAACAAAUCCAAACAGCAGCCAUUCUUGCUGGACUUCUUCGGUCAUGAUUACCUUAUGCUCCCGCCCAAGUACAUCGAAGAGCUACGACGUGGUGAUGCUCAGCAGGCGAGUUUCGAAAGGAGCUUCUCUGAUGCCUUGAAUAUUUCGGCGACAGUGGGCGACUUAUAUCUGGCAGGCAUCAUGGAAAAAGUCACGGUGAAACACCUUGGGCAGUCAGCACUCAGCAAGUGGCAGUCCGUGACUGAAGGAAGUCCUAUAUAUACUAGCCGAAAGCUAAGGAUUGAUGAAGAUUGGAAGUCUAUAACCGCCGCAAAAGCGAUCUCUAUGAUUGUCCACAGGGUGACGAACCUUGUUCUUGUCGGACAGGAGUUGAGCCGCAGUGAAGACUAUAUCGAAACCUCGCAGCGAUUCUCAUCCACCCUUCUUCCUGCUGGGGUGUGGACGAAUUUCAUUUAUCUCGGACCCCUGCGCAAUAUGUUCGCGAGGUGGACGACCUUCUUUCAUCGCUGGGAGCUGGAGAAGUGCGUGAAGAUAUUAAUGCCUGUCAUUCAAGAGCGUCUCCGGAAGCGUGAAAAGGGUGAAGGUAACGACGAAGAUGCCAUUCAGUGGACCAUUGACGCGGCCUUCGCAACAGGCAAUACGCGAGAAAUCUGGCCGCGGCGAAUAGCGGAGAACGUCCUGCACUUGCUAUUUGCAGCGAACAGUGCACCAGGCGCACUGGCAACGCAGAUGCUCUAUCAACUGUUGAUGGAUCCGGGCUAUCUUGAGCCCCUGCGUGAUGAGAUUAGAGCUGCCCUGGCCGCCGAAGGCGGUUGGAAUGCUGCGGCAAUGGACAAAAUGGCUUUGCUUGACAGUUUUGUUCGAGAAACUGUGCGCAUGUAUCCUCCCGGCUCGAUUGCUUGCACCCGCACCAUUCAGAAGGUGGACCUCACGUUCCGAGACGGCAUGCGGCUCCCAGUUAACAGCCGCUUCGCAUUCCCUGUCCUGGCUAUCCAAAUGGAUCCAGACAAUUAUCACUCACCCCGUGUGUUUGACGGGUAUCGUUUCGUGGAUCGGCUGGCCGACGGCUCAUUCAAAACAAAGGUAUUGUCGACUACAGUUACACCGUCCUACCUUGCGCUGGGCUACGGAAAGCAUGCAUGCCCGGGCCGAUUCUUCGGCAUUCUGAAGGCAAAACUUGUGUUCGCCAAGUUGAUCACGAAUUAUGAACUCAAGUGGCCGUCCUCGUUGGCAGAAAGACCGCCAAAUGUGUCGAUUGAAGGCAUGGUACCGCCAAAUCAGCAGCAGGUAAUUCUGGUAAGAAAUAUUGUAUCGACAGUCUUGAGUAGAUAG